AUGACCUACGUGGAAAGGUUGAAAAGACUGGUGACGGAGAACCAGACGGAGAUAAGCAAGUUCAUCCUCCUGGGCCUGACCAAUCUCCAGGAGCUGCGGUGCUUCCUCUUCAUUCUCUUCCUGAUGCUUUACUUGGCCAGCAUUCUGGGGAAUGGGGCAAUCAUGGCCAUUGUAAUGGCUGAACCCUGGCUUCACACCCCCAUGUACUUCUUCUUGGGCAACCUCUCCUGUCUGGACAUCUUCUACUCAACAGUCACCAUGCCCAAGAUGCUGGCUGGUUUCCUCUGAGGGCACGAGACCAUCUCCUUCACUGACUGCCUGGCUCAGCUCCAUUUCUUCCACUUCCUGGGAAGCAGAGAGGUCAUUCUUCUGGCUGUCAUGGCCUAUGACCUCUAUGUGGCCAUCUGCAACCCGCUUCGCUACAUGCUUGUCAUGAACCCACAGGUCUGCCUGCUCCUGGCAGCAGCCACCUGGACCACCGGCUUCCUACAUGCCCUGCUGCACAUGGUCAUGACCUCCCGACUGCACUUCUGUGGCUGCAACCAUGUCCACCACUUUUUCUGUGACAUCAAGCCCCUGCUGAGCCUGGCCUGCAGCAGCAACCGCUUCAACCUGAGCCUCCUCAACAUCGUCACGGGGACCAUCGCUCUGAGUCCCUUCAUCAUCACGCUCCUCUCCUACCUCUACAUCAUCUUCUUCCUCUUCCUGAAGGUCCAAUCACAAUCACAAUCAAUGUGA